AGUCAACUCAAAACCCAGCCCCCUGCAGUGUUGUUAUUGUGAUGUUAGAGUUGGGGGGGGUAUGAGCUUUGUUUUCUGUUCGGGAGAAGGAAUAUGAAUAUAUAUGCCUGUAUAUACUUCUGCAAACGUACCCUUUAAUCUUUUUAGGAAAGAUUAACCCGAAUAGUGGCUAGCGAAAGUCCCAAAGAAAUGGAGACGCGGAUAUCAGAGCUUUUUGCUCCAGGCUCUGGACAGAACGGGUCGGGGUCUCAAGAAGUUGGGUUUAAUCCACUAAACGGCUUCGGGGCGCUUUCUAAAAAGGCCAGCGGUGCGAAGAACAACAAGAGAGCCAAGGCUCGGACGACACGACACUCGAAACCGGGUCACUACCCCCCGUAUCUCCCUCCAGAGGCAGAAGAAGGAAAUAUAGAAUACAAGUUGAAGCUGAUAAACCCUACGCAGUACCGCUUUGAGCACCUCGCCACGCAGAUGAAAUGGCGGCUGCAGGAGGGCCGUGGCGAGGCGGUCUACCAGAUCGGCGUGGAGGACAACGGCAUGCUGGUGGGCCUGUCGGAGGAGGACAUGAGGACGUCGCUCGAAACCCUCCACAGGAUGGCUGAGAAAGUCGGAGCGGACAUCACUGUGCUCAGAGAGUGUGAGGUGGACUACGACUCUGACGAUCCUCGUAAGAUCGCAGAGGUGCUCAUCCGCAAGGUCCCAGAUGACCAGCAGUUCCUGGACCUGCGGGUCGCCGUCUUGGGAAACGUGGACUCGGGGAAGUCCACCCUGUUGGGGGUCUUGACGCAAGGGGAGCUGGACAAUGGACGGGGGAGAGCCAGGCUCAACCUCUUCAGACACCUCCACGAGAUCCAGACCGGUCGCACCUCCAGCAUCAGCUUUGAGAUCCUUGGCUUCAACAGCAAAGGGGAGGUGGUGAACUACAGCGAGUCGCGGACAGCGGAGCAGAUCUGUGAGAGCGCCUCUAAGAUGAUCACCUUCAUCGACCUGGCAGGACACCACAAGUACCUGAAGACCACCAUCUUCGGCCUCACCACCUACUGCCCUGACUUUGCCAUGUUGGUCGUCAGUGCAAACACCGGCAUUGUGGGCACCACCCGGGAGCACCUGGGCCUGGCCAUGGCGCUGAAGGUGCCCAUCUUCAUCGUGGUGACCAAGGUGGACCUGUGCACGCGGGCCACGGUGGAGCGCACCGUGCGCCAGCUGGAGCGCGUGCUGAAGCAGCCCGGCUGCAACAAGGUGCCCCUGGUGGUGGGCGGCCCCGACGACGCCGUCGCCGCCGCCCAGCAGUUCGCCCAGACGCCCAACAUCACUCCCAUCUUCACCCUGUCCAACGUGUCGGGGGAGAGCUUGGAGCACCUCAAGGUCUUCUUCAACAUCCUGCCUCCCCUCAGCAACAGCAAGGAGCAGGAGGAGCUCAUGCAGCAGCUCACAGAGUUCCAGGUGGAUGAGAUCUACACGGUGCCCGAGGUGGGGACGGUGGUCGGGGGAACUCUCUACAGUGGUAUCUGCCGUGAGGGGGAGCAGCUGGUGGUAGGGCCCACGGACUCGGGCCAGUUCCACAAGCUGACGGUGGAGAGCAUCCAGAGGAACCGCUCUGGGUGCAGGGUGCUGAGGGCCGGCCAGGCCGCCACGCUGGCCCUGGGCGGCUUCGACCGCGCCUUACUGCGCAAGGGCAUGGUGAUGGUCAGCCCAGAGAUGGACCCCACCAUCUGCUGGCAGUUUGAGGCUGAGAUCGUGCUGCUGUUCCACGCCAAAACCUUCCACAAGGGCUUCCAGGUCACGGUGCACGUGGGCAACGUGAGGCAGACCGCCACCGUCGUGGCCGUGCACGGAAAGGAGGAGCUGCGGACGGGCGAGAAGGCGGUGGUGCGCUUCAAGUUCAUCAAGCACCCGGAGUACCUGAAGGUGGGGGCCAAGCUGCUGUUCCGCGAGGGCGUGACCAAGGGCAUCGGCCACGUCACCAAGCUGCAGCCGGCCUCCCACUACCACCCCACCCCGCCCUCCCACAGCGAGGACGACGAGGCCUAGGGCCCCCCACCGGCAAAGACCCUCCGCUCUAAAGAACCACAACCAUGCCGUCCUUCUGGAACCAGGUUCUUUGUUCCCCAGCUUGUCUCCCCCGUGUCCUUAUCUCGCUUUCUCCUCCGAUGCGGAAUCUCUCAGGCUAUUUCUGCAAACAGAAAACAGAAGACCUUUUGCUUCGCCUGUUCGUUGUUUGGGUUUGUCCCUCUUGUGUGUACCUUUUUCAAAGCCUUACGACCACCAAACUCCUCUCCUUCUGUCUUACACAAACAUAUUUUAAAGGUACCUAUGACUUGUUUGUCGAGGCUGUGGCAACUCCGGACAUUGUGUAAGAAGAGCAUGUCCCCUGCGAGGUACACCAGAAAGAACUGCUACCAAAGCUCUGUAAUUGUUACUCCCACCUGGUUGAAAUGUUACCAACUGAAGCCACCGGCAUUCAACCCACAACAACGGAUGCAGUGCUGCCUUCAAAGUAUAAAGAUGCACAAACCAGAACCACUUGCACUGAAACAAUAGUGUUCAAUACGGCACUGAGAGAUCUGCUCAUAAACCUUUACGGCACACGCCUGUUUACAAACUCAAGGCUAGUGGUGCCGGACCUGUACUCACGUUAAGCAGCUAGAGUUUGUUAAGAUGAGUGAGAGAGGAGCCACCACCAUCACUGUUGUUAUUGUUGAUGUUGUUGUCAUGACGCCAGGGUAUCAUCUUGCAUCUCUCAUCUAUUUUACCAACACAGUGCCUAUCUCGAAAUGAGGCAUUUCAUUUCUUCUUCUGAAGCUACAAUACCUUUUGGUUUAGUUCUCACUGAAGACAAACGUGUUUAUGAAACAAAAAAUGUGUAGUCUAACAUUUGCACCAUGAAUGGAGAAUGUUGAUCAGGUGGUCCGACCAGACGUAGCUGUUUUACAAGUGUGUUGACUUUGUCGAAGUGAGUUUCAUUGAUUGGAAACUGCACUUUAUGGAGAUGGUGUGAAUCCCAGGACCGUACACUGGGGUUACGUUUCAAGUUUCAGAGGCCGGCCACGUUUUUGUGGGCAUUACCGAUUUUGACGGAAUUACGUUUUGUGUGACUCACUAAUAACACCUAAAGCUACUGCCAAUCUCAGAAGUGCAUUAGUUGCUCAGGAAAAACGUAACUGGCUAUGUACUGCAUUCCACUCUUAACAAAAGGACGAAGAUUUGAAUUUGUUAGUUGGAAGGGUUUAAAGAAAAAAGAAAAAAAAAGGAUGUUUCUCCCAAAGAAACGCAAUAAUUCGUCUUCUUUGAGUAUGCGUUAUCUAUGUAGAGCCGCCCUUUGAGGUGGCAAUAUUAUAUGUUUUUGUUUGAGGAUCCUCCCCCCCCCCCCCCCCCUGAAAGUUACUGAGGCUAUUAAGUAGGAUCUGUUAGAGCACAGUGCCUAGUAAUGGAUCUACUGUUUCAGCCUUCUAUUCAGCAACCUGCUGUUGAACUCCAAAAAGGUUUAACAGGGAAAACUUGUGUCCGGUGCUACUCUUUGAAAUGGUCCUUGUUCAAAAUCGAGCAAUUAGGCAAUUAGAGGAAAAGUUUCUUUGUUUUGUUCUAGGCUUUUGUGAGCCAUGCCAGCUGUCUUUAUAUAUUAUUGAAAGUUUUUUGGUGAUUGAAUGAAGAGUGUUCGCUCUCUGAAUGAAAAUGAAAAUAUAUUAAGGGAGGGAAUGGCAAAAACUAAUGCCAGGUGUUCGGUUACAUCUCUGCUAUGCAGUUUGUGGUCAUCAUUAUGAGGAAUGUGUAUCAACCAAAAAUACAUGAUCAGCUGUUUGUAAAAGGAGUUAGAAAACCAUAUCAGGUGUUACAUUUUUUGUUUCGGUAUGGAAAAUAAUAGUCAUUUUAUAGAUUUGUAGUGGGGUUUUAACUUUUACAAGAUUUAUUAGAACACGAUACUUUUAAACCUUUACAAACACAGAUUGUCACUUUUUUUGCAACCUCAAGUUCAGACUGAUUGUAACGUUUUAAUCAUUCGGGUGAAGUAUGAUAUAAGUUUAUGUACAAAUCCAGACUGUAUAUUGUGAUGUACAUAAAUAAAAGUAAUGUAUUACUUGAUAUAGUUUGAGAUGAUUGACACAUGUAGAUAAUUAGGUUUAAUGGUUUCAACUCAUGAUUUGAAUCCUCCUAAUCUGAGUGUAGAAAGCAUUAACAAAAACAAGCAAGUUGCUCCUUAAUAAUAAUAACUUAACUAUCCUUAAGGCAACCAGUCAGGGUUAACAUGUUUACAACACCUUGAAAGCAUGGAAACGUGUCCCAACCUGAUGACCAAGAAAAGUCAACAUUGGUUCAAACCCUUUAGCUGUUAUGAAGUAUUAACACGAACAUUGGCAGUUGUUUACUAUACUUGAUCAAUGUAGUGCGUGUGGGUCUUUGACAAGGCUUAUCACCUAAAGCUGCACUGCUCUGACCUUUUCAGAUUAGCUCAGGGCCUCUGCUAGAUUUCCCUGACACCAAGUCGUCUAAACAUUUGAAAACUCACUAAUGAUUGUAAAUAUAAGUAUAUAUUCCUUAUGCUUGAUGGUGUACAAUACAUCUAAACACAGGCAUCAAUCAAAACAAAAGAUAAGGUGGACAAUAUGCUUGUUUUAUUUGUACACCAUUUUCUUUAAUCGAGACUCCAUACAAAAAUAUAUAAAUAUCCAAAAAAGUUUAAUAUCCCAGCCUAGUUGUCGUAUCAAAUAGUGCAUUUAAUUUUAGUAUGUAGACAUUCAAGAUAGGCCUUAAGACUAAAAACUAUGAUAGAAAGUCAAGUCAUUCUUCAUGGAAACCCAUAACCCCUAUUCGCUUGGGGAGCGUGGCCCACAACAACGCAUCCUCAGUUCUUCUUAAAGAAAGAAUCCAAGGGCCCCCCUUGGGGUCGGGGUCUUUUCGACUGGGGUCCAGACUGUCCUCUGGACUUCGACUUCCCCCGGGUCGCCUGGUUCGUUGCGGAAG